AGUGAAAAACCAAACUGAAUCAGGCUUCACAAAUCCAACAUGAGAAUUAUUGCUCACAAAGUGAUCCUUAAUCCAUCUAUGAAACGGAGAUGAUCCUGGUUUGUCCUUAAGUAGUCUUCAUCUAACUUAUGGUUUGUUUGUGUGGUGUUCCAUUCUCUACCAAAGGAUAACCAUGAGGAGAAUGACAUGUUGCAAGUUACAUUGGAAUCACAGUGAAGUUAUUAUCAUUCAGUCACAAACUUUGGUCUCUUUAGCUGACCUGCUCUGCUGCCCUCUAUGCAAAGGUGUUGACUCCCCAAAUCCCCUUUUUACCCGUGGAGGGAGACCCUUAUGUAUAACAAAGAAGAAUCUAUCUCCAAACAAAGGACUAACCAUCCAUUGCUGCAAGUAAGAAGCUCUUCCUGAAAUUGGUAAUGCCUUAUUCUCUUCACUUUUCAAAAAGAAUUUUUUAAAAAAUUCCCCCUAGAUUCUCCCUACUUUCAACAUUUCUCUCCCUAUCACUCUCCAAUUAUUACCCCUACUAUUUUUCAAAAAUAAAAAAUAAAAACCCAAUCCAAACAUAGCAUUAAAUGACUUCCACACCAGUAUCAGUUUAUUUUCUUAUACUUUUGUAUGUUUGCUUGAAUCCCCUAGCCAUGGCUGUAGAUGAAAACCAGUUCGUGUACAAUGGCUUCAAUGGAGCCAAUAUUCACCUUGGUGGGAUUGCAAAAAUCCACUCCAAUGGUCUUUUGCAGCUAACCAAUUUUUCAAAGUAUCAAAUAGGUCGUGCUUUCUACAAGCAUCCUAUAGGAUUCGAUACAUCUUCGUCCAUGUUACCGCAAGCUCUUUCAUUUUCCACCCAUUUUGUGUUUGCCAUUGUUCCUGAGAUAACAAAUCUGAGAGCAAAUGGAAUAGCCUUCGCCAUCUCACCAUCCAUGGAUUUCAACCAAGCCUUAGGAGGCCAAUAUUUUGGGCUCCUUAAUUUUUCUAACAAUAGGCUCCCUUCCAACCAUCUUUUGGCAAUCGAGUUCGAUUCCCUUUUAAAUGUUGAAUUCAAUGAUACAAAUGAUAACCAUGUUGGAAUUGAUGUUAACAGCUUAGUAUCAAAUGUAUCUGCUACCGUCAUGUAUUACUCCAACAGGGAACGGAUAAACCAGAGCUUGCAACUUGUAAGCGGGAGUCCAAUGCACGUUUGGAUUGAGUAUGAUGGGUUUGAGAAUGUACUCAAUGUAACACUUGCUCCUCUUACAAGCCCCAAACCGGAUCAGUCUCUCCUGUCAACACGAAUCAAUCUUUCUUCAAUUCUAUUGGAUUCAAUGUAUGUUGGUUUCUCUGCUGCUACAGGAGCAGUUUCAGGGAACCACUAUAUUCUUGGUUGGAGCUUCAAUAAAAGUGGGAAAGCACAGGGUCUCGAAAUUUCAAAGCUUCCUUCACUUCCUCAUCGAAGAAAACCCGGUCUAGGAAUUAUAGGUCUAGGAGUUAUAGUGCCAGUGACAAUAGUAGCCAUUGGGCUCACUAUCACAAUUGCAGGGACAUUUUACGUGUUGAGGAGGAAAAAGUAUGAAGAAAUACGUGAAGAUUGGGAAAGCGAAUAUGGCCCUCAUAGGUUUUCCUAUAAGGAUCUCUUCAAAGCUACCAGAGGUUUCAUAGACGAAGAACUUCUUGGAGCAGGAGGUUUCGGUAAGGUUUAUAGAGGAGUACUUCCCUCUUCGAAGGAACAAGUUGCAGUCAAGAAAGUCUCCAAUGAUUCUAAUCAAGGGAUGAAGGAGUUUGUGGCUGAAAUUGCUAGCAUGGGAAGGCUAAGGCACAGGAACUUGGUGCAGCUCCUCGGCUAUAGCCGGCGGAAGGGAGAGCUGCUCUUGGUCUAUGAUUAUAUGCCUAACGGAAGCCUUGACAAGUUCCUAUUUAGCAAUGAAAAGCCAAUCCUCGACUGGGCACAACGUUAUCGUAUCAUCAGAGGAGUAGCAUCUGCCCUUUUGUAUCUACAUGAAGGAUGGGACCAAGUUGUUCUUCACAGAGACGUGAAGGCUAGUAAUGUUCUAUUGGACACUGAUCUAAAUGGAAGGCUAGGGGAUUUUGGUCUUGCUAGAUUAUACGAUCAUGGAGCAAACUUCAAAACUACCCAUGUGGUGGGGACAAUUGGGUACCUUGCACCAGAGCUUUCCAGAACCGGAAAGCCAACGCCAAGCACUGAUGUGUUUGCUUUCGGUGCAUUCAUACUUGAAGUAGCUUGCGGAAGGAAGCCUAUACAGCUACAACAGUCGCCUGACGAGGUGGUUUUGGUUGAUUGGGUUUUCGAGAAAUGGAAAGAGGGAGCGAUUCUCGAGACAAGUGAUCCUAGAUUGGGAGGAGAUUAUUUGGAGGAGGAAAUGGAGUUGGUUUUGAAACUAGGCCUGCUUUGCUCAAAGUCCGAUGCAGCGACAAGACCCAGCAUGCGGCAAGUGAUGCAAUACCUUGAUGGAGAUGUCCUGUUGCCGGAGAUAAUUCAUGAUAGCACAAGUAUUGGUACAAUAGGUCUUGGUAAUGAAGCAUCAUCAGAAUUUGUCAUGUCAUUUCCGUCAUCCAUUCUGAAGUCUUCUGCUCACUCCAUAUCUAGCACAGAGUCAAUACUCACUAGCGGUCGGUAAAUUUGAAAGUUUCCAGUGUCUUGGAUAAUGCUAGUUCAUGUUCUUUUUUCAUUUUUUUCCCCUGAGGAAAUGCAAGAAAUGUUAGUUUGUUAGUGUGAGUUAGAAGAUUUGAACCUAGGACUAGAUGAAUUUGGAACAGGCAUGCAACCACUUGGGCUAGCUGGCAAGUUCAUAGUUUGAAUGUGUGAGACUAAAAAGAAGGAUAGCUGAUAUUGGGUGAAGGAGACAUAAGUACUUCAAAUUUCGGUUAGGAAGACGAUUGAGUAUUACUGAUAUUUUGUAUAUACAGAAGCAUACGAAUGUUAAAUUCUGCAGCUUCUACAGCUUUCUUUGAUUUUUGCA